GACGGCACACAAGCAAUGGUAACACCACAGAGGAUCAGCUCCUGUUCCGGUCAGAGUAAGUGUGCCAGGAUGUGUGUUCUUCACACUCUCUGUCUACUGGUAAUCCCUGCUUUGUGUCACACGUCUCCGGACACCACCCUGAAUGAGCACUGGGAACUGUGGAAAAGUCACCAUCAUAAAAUCUAUACACAGCAGGGUGAGGAGGCCUACAGGAGGCUGGUCUGGGAGAAAAACCUGAGGCUCAUACAGAAACACAACCUGGAAGCUUCACUAGGCCUGCACUCCUUCACCAUGGGGCUCAACCAUCUUGCAGACAUGACAGAGGAGGAGCUAGAUGCCACUUUUGACUGCCUGAAAGAAGAGCCGGAUGCCCUCCAGUCUGGAAACUACACAUUCAAACCAUCACAAGACACCACCCUCCCCGAUUCCGUGGACUGGAGAACCAAAGGCCUGGUCAGCCCUGUAAGAAAUCAGGGCUCCUGCGGCUCCUGCUGGGCGUUCAGCGCAGCGGGGGCAAUAGAGGGGCAGAUGAUGCUACAAACUGGCAAGAUGAUACCACUCAGUCCACAAAACCUAGUGGACUGCAGCACCAGUUAUGGUAACCAUGGCUGCAAAGGUGGAUUCCGGUACAAGGCUUUUGACUACGUCAUUGAGAAUGAUGGCAUCGACUCAGAUUACUUCUACCCCUAUGAGGGAAAGGAUGGGAAAUGUCGCUACUCAGUUCAGGGGAAAGCUGGAUACUGCAGUACAUAUCAGGUCCUUCCACGGGGUGAUGAGAAGGCUCUACAGCACGCUGUUGCCACCGUAGGCCCUGUAUCUGUCGGUAUUAAUGCCACCCACUCCUUCUACCUCUACAGUGGAGGAAUAUUUGAUGAUCCACAGUGCACUUCUAACACUAAUCAUGCAGUGCUGGUGGUGGGGUACGGCACAGACAAUGGGCAGGACUUCUGGCUUGUGAAGAACAGUUGGGGAACAGCCUGGGGAGAAAGUGGAUAUGCUCGAAUGGCCAGAAAUAAAAAUAAUCGGUGUGGAAUUGCUAGCUUGCCUGUAUAUCCCAUACUGUGAUAUCACUGCCUAACUAGACACAUUCCAAAAUCCAUUCAAGUUUGCUUUAAUAUAAACUUGUCAUAUACACUUCUAUAACACAAGUCGUGAUGUAUCAAAUUAAAAAACUGAUUUACCAAGUAAAUUAA